UCGUAAUUAUCACUUCAACAUCCUUUCCAGCCUCCAGACACCCGACACUAGACUCAAUGAGCGAGAUGCCAGAACCUCUUGCAGCCGCAAAAUCGGCGUUUCAUGGAGGGGGAAGCCGAAGUAACCGGCCAUCAAUCUCGAAGCGCGCAUUCAGUCGCACUCAAUGCCCGGUAUGUGGCGUCAUGCGUUGCAUAUGGCAUCCUCAUACAGUCACUGGACAACCCUAAUGGCUCUGGAUGGUACCUCGACGAUGGCCGACAUUACGCGGGAGCUUGCCGGACACUGGCGUUAUCAGCCUUGCGACCAAUUUUCCUUGCAGUCUCUGACGCAGGGCGAGCAAGAAUUUACGAUGUUGAUAUCAAAGACUGUCGGUAUACUCUGGCUGGUAACGGACGAACAAUUACUGCCCUGAGCUGGUCAAGUACGGAUGGAGACUUGUUAGCUGCCGGCACCAUUGACGGCUGUAUAAGUCUAUGGAAGCUAGGGAAUCCAGUCACCCAGGUCUGGCAGACAUGCGCGCCGCGCACCAGAUGUACGAGCAUCGCCUUCAACGCUUUAUCACGCCAUGUCUUUGCGUCAAGUCAUGCGGGCGAUGUGGAAAUAUGGUCGGCUGCACCGUUCAAAUGCCCCAUCAAACGCCUCGCUUUAGCAAGUGCCUGCGUUACCGCUCUCGACUGGAACCUUAGCGUCGCUGGGAGAUUGUUGACAGUGUCCGACGAUGCGAUUAUCCGGAUAUGGGACGUCGCUGCCAUGGCGGAUGGCAACCUCUCUGACGGGGACGAUCUUUUUGGCGGUCCCGAAGCUUUGCAGCAAAGCCCUCACCCAAUUGCCAAGAUCUCGCUCGAUGCUGAGCCCGUCACCGCAGCUUGGCUCGGUGAGUACGGCUUCUAUGCCUUGCUGCACGGUGGCGAUGAGGUACGCCUCUAUAGUCUGGGCGCUGACUGGGAAAUGCUGCAUGAAGUAUGGAGGCUGAGGUUGAGGACUAAUGCACUUGCAAUAACUUUACGAAUCACUCAAGGCGCCACAAGGCUUACAGUAGCCUCCACCCGCGCGUCAGAAUCGCACCGCAUACCGACUGCAGUGCUAGAUAGCGUAGGCGGUCACAAUGUCCCUGAUUCAACGUAUGUCCACAACGUCGGUGACAAGUCCGUGUUCGGUGGUGCAGCUGGCUCUACGAGUACGAGGGCCAUGAAGCCUAUGAAGGUCUCAUGGCGCAUUUCGGCAGGAAUGCUUAUUGCGCAACCUGGCUCACCUGGUCAGACGAGCCACAGACGGCACGACAGCGGAGAGACUGCCAGGAAGUUCGGCCGCAGCAAACCUGGUUCACCGACGGCACUCAUCUCGGACGGUUUCAAAUCCAUCUCUCAGUUGCCUAAGACCCGGGCGAACAUGGAUGAAGCGGCUAUGCCAUUCCUCUCGCCCACGGUACCAGCACGCAAGCCCUCGCCAGGCACCAUACUGCCACGUAUCGAGGACAUGGCCUUGUCCACUUUGGGACCGAGUGUCUUGACAUUGGUGGAGAUCCAAGAUGGAAAUGCAAGCGACUCCGACGACGAGACGUAUGCCGGUGGCAUGCGUGCUAGCGGCGGCUUCAUGGCAGGUGGCGGCAAUGUACCCCGGCCCAGGGCAUGCGGUGCGAUCUUCGCCCCGAACGGACAGCUUGUGAUGUUUGGGCGACGGAAGACACGACCUUGUACAGCAGUCAAGCGAGCAGGUUUACCUACUCACCUAGCACGGAACCCUGCACAGAGAGUCGCCCGCCUGUUUCCCGGAUUUGGCAACCUCCAUGCCAUAGCCGAAGACGGGAGUGAAGACGGUGCCUUGGGUGAUUUGCAUGUCCAUGUGACUAACGGCAGCCCAGCUACAAGGAUCGCGAAGACAGCCAAGAGCGUGAGGCAGACCGUCCAUUUCCAAGGCUCCUACCCCGACGCGCACAACCAUGGCGCGGAGCAAGCCUUCAUAUCUGUGCUCGCUACAGACGCUUGGGUCGCAAGCUCCAUGCAGACUACCGUCGCCUACCACAUCCUUCGACAAGGUAGUGACACGGGCAGCAGCGUGUGCGCAUACAAUGCGGAGAUUGCGGAUCUCGCUAGGCAGGCCGAUACUGCAGACAUAUGGCGCUUGUUGGGCAUGCUCGUUGACACUAAGGUUCCGCUACAAACCCCAAAGGACACAAGCACCGAGUCGAAUGUUCUGGUCGUCGCGCGUAGGGUGACCUCACUUCUGCAUGGAGACGUGGAUAGUGCCCCGACUCAAGCGCACUCCAACAGCCACCGUGGAAUGCUACGUUGGGCAGAUGGACCGCUAGGUCCACAAUGGCUAGUUCGACAAUGCCUGGGUUGGGCCGAGCAGUCUGCCGAUACUGUGUUGCUUGCCGUCCUGUCAUCUGUCUUAGUGCAGUCGGUCCACCUUGGAACAAUGACGGCUCCGCAGCAGGCCAUGCGUAAGACAUUUCCCAUAUGUGAUGCAGACUAUGCGUCCCAGCCACAUUACGUCGACGCAGUAAUCGCGACCAAUCGCCUAGUACCUCUGCUGCGAACCGACUCCGAACCGAACAGCGUUGUCCAUAUCUCGCCCACCAAAUUGCGGUAUCCUUCCCUCGCGUCCUCUCGGAACGUCUCGCAACCAUCAACGCCUCAUCCAGAUUCUGGUAUCAAUACGCCACCCCUGGCCUUUCCACCAUUAGCAAAGAACAGCACCAGGCUCUCUGCAACAAACUCCGGCUCCACCAGUCCAGAAUAUCACCGUAGCAGCUUCAGCGCUGCUGCUCGACACUAUGCGCAGAGCAUCACCGACAAGUUUGCCUCGUACGGCGUAUCCCCGCCCACGAAGAUGUCGGGCACCAGUCCGAGCACUCACGAACUAUCCUCAAGCUUACCUACUGUUGCCAACCUCUGGUCAAAGUCGGUGUCCUUCGCAUCUGCGACCAGUACAUCGAGAGACAGCCAACUCAGCAACAGCCAUAGCGCCCAUGAAGAGGAAGGCUACGACACUGAUAAGACGAUCGAAGACAGCAGCUUGCCACAGACGCCGAGAAGUGUCCGCGGUCCAGUAUCUGUCACACUGUGCAACAACGACCUGUUCUCGGACGAGGUUUCUGGGAAGGUGAAGCACCAACUGCUACCCGACGAUCUCCUGCCAUCAACAGUCUUGUGGGUCAGACACCAUGCGGAGCAGCUCCGUUGUUGGGGUUUGAAUCAAAAGGCGGCAGAGUUUGAGAAGGUGCUUGGCAUCACACAUCCUGCCUCGGUUGCCAACCCGGCUCACUUGGGGAUGCAGCUGGCACCGCAACCGCGGUCAUCGAGAGUGACCUGCAGCAUCUGCUAUACUGUUAUCCCUCGGCUCCAACAGGCCUGCUCCCGCUGCUUGCAUGCCACGCAUCUGCACUGCUUAGAGGACUAUUUGUCAAGCCUAGAUGGUGGCGAAGACUUCGAGUGUCCUAGUGGCUGUGGGUGUCGAUGCUCUCACUUGCCUUUCGAGCUUCUCGAGGUCAUUACUAGGGAGCAGACGUCCGUUGAGACAGUGCCGAAAGUCAUGAGAAAGAAACCAAGCUUUACCGAUCCUCGGAGAUGGCGCGCAAGAGUAGAAGGCGACUCAUGGUGACCGCUAAUUAUCCGACCUUACUGGGUAUCUGAAUUGCAUACUUGAUCCUAGCCUAGGGCUUCGAUAGGAGUAACAGGCGACAUGUCUGUCACUAAAGUCGGAGCUACGACUUCAACCCUCAGACCUGCUUUCUCGGAGCAGCAGGUCCUCAGGAGACUUCUUGCUGGUCGGGAUACUCCCCGGACGAGCAGCCAUGGACAAAGUCGGGCAUCAAGGAUGCGGAAGCUAGCAAGUGCAGACCGGGCUCAGUAUGAGCUCGAGCCUCAGCUAUUCGCACACCCUUAGUUCCAUAGUCUUACUGCUCGGUGCUGCUUGUUUUACGCCUAUGACAAAAGGAUGAUCUG